UUCCCGGCCGGCACGCAGGCGCGGCGGGGCGCUGCGCAGGGCGCAGGCCCGGCGGAGCGGCGCGGAGGCGGGUUUGAACGGUGGCGGCUACCGGAGCCCGGCCGCUGAUGGAGCCCGUCCUGAAAGGUAUUUGUGCAUUUGUAGAAGUUUGGUCAUCUAACAGAACAGAAAAUUACUCAAAAGCCUUUGAGAAGCAACUUCUUGACAUGGGAGCAAAAGUUUCAAAAACUUUCAACAAGCGCGUAACUCAUGUGGUCUUCAAAGAAGGGCGUUCAGCUACAUGGAGAAAAGCACAAAAGGCUGGUGUAAAAGUAGUUUCUGUACUAUGGGUGGAGAAGUGUCGAGAAACUGGAACGCAUGUUGACGAAUCUUUAUUUCCUGCAGUAUACAAUAAUGAAGGAUUACUGCUAAAACACAAAUGUAUGCAGCCAAAAGACUUUGUAGAAAAAUCUCCAGAAAAUGACAGAAAGCUGCAGAGAAGACUGGACAAGAUGGCUAAAGAAUUAGUUAAACAAAAGAUAGGAAUUAACGCAGAAACUGAUACACCAGUUUUAUUAUUUGAAGAUGAUGGUUCACUUGUGUAUAGCCCUGUUAAUAAAAUAAGAAUCCAAAGCAGUGCAAUGGAAAGAAGAAUAAAGGAGAUGAAGGAAAAAAGAGAAAAUCUUUCUCCUACUGCUUCACAAAUGUCUGAAACACCUCCACGCAGUUCACCAGGAGGCUGCCCACUGUCUACCUGUUUAACAAAUGCAGAAGAUGCAUCGUUACAAGAAGAACAAAGGGAAGUCUGCUUAAACUCAAGUUUUGAUGAUCUCUGGGGAACUGAUAAAUCAAAGAGACAGAAAAAAGAGAUAGCAGAACCCACCUGUGAUACUCAGACUCCUGUGCAUGUUUCCAGGAGUGCAUCAGUGAAUUCUCCCUCAUGUAGCUAUGACCAGAAGAGCUUAAUCCCAAAACAACCUAACAGAAGAAGCCUAAGUAAAACAAAGGUUUUGCAGCAUACUUGCCAUGAUAAUUUAGAAAAAGAUCUAGAAAAGUUUCCAGAGAAAUAUCAGAAGGAUGAAAAUACCAUGACUACUUCAGUUGCAAACAAAAAUUCCCCUCUCCAAAUCAAGGACUUGGGUUAUUUUACUCCUUCCCAAAAAACAGCCAAGUUAAAUACUGCUCCCGCUUUGAUUCACAGUCUCUCUAAUUCACCUGUGAGCAGUGGAGACUUAAAUAUAUGUUCACGUGAUAGAAGUUUCCCUGUUGACAGAAGUGAUUGCCUUCUGGAACACAAGAAGAGGAAGAAACUACAAACAAUGUUUAGCUUGAAAUUGUCUUCUUCUGAACUGCGUGCAUCAGGGUCUAGAAGUGAGUUCUUGCAAGGAGUUAAUACUUACAGCAACGAUCAGUGCACUGAAGAUGCUUCUUAUGAAGACUUCUUUUCCUCAUAUAAUUUGGAUAAAAAUGAAAUAAAGGUAGAAGUUCCACGAGAAUCACAGAAUCCUUCUGAUGUUUCUUGCAAAGAGUCUUUAAGAAGCAUGGGCUCAAUUGAUAUGAGUUCCUGUAAGCCACAUACCACUUCUGAGAAAAGUAGAAAAAAGCCUAUUCAAGCAAAUGAUGUUUCAGUAAAGAAAGCAUUCAAACCAGCUGAACAUACAGAAAGUGUGCCAUUAAAUUGCAUGUCUGAUGGUGAAAAAGCUGAGAUUGCAGAAGCUCUAGAUUCAGACCUUGUGAAUAAACGGCCUCAGCAUGCUCAUGAAAAAUCCUACAAAACUGAUAUGAAUUACUGUACUCGUGCUACUGGUGAUGAAAAUGAAGUUUCAGAGUGUGAUGUUACUGAUGGCUCUUGCAAAGCUUUUAAUGAACAAAAGAAUAAGCACGAUGGGGGGGUGAGAAAAACUAGAAGACUCCAAAAGCCAACAAGAACACUAGUUAUGACGAGUAUGUCUUCUGAGGAGCAAAAUACAGUAAUUCAGGUGGUGAAUAAACUUGGAGACUUCUUGUUCUCAGAUGUAGUAUGUGAAACAACAAGUCAUGUAGUUACGGGGAGUCCUCGUCGUACCUUGAAUGUUAUGUUGGGAAUUGCUCGUGGGUGUUGGAUUGUUUCUUAUGAAUGGGUUCUGUGGUCUUUGGAAGUUGGCCAUUGGAUCUCAGAGGAACCAUAUGAACUUUCGUCCAACUUCCCUGCAGCUCCUAACUAGGAGGAGUGGAGAGAUGAUGAGGAGACAAAAUGGAGGGAGGCAUGGCUGUGCUGAGAAACUGUAUUGCUUGUUUGCUGUGUGCUUCUUCAACAGAGGAGUAAAAUCAGUGUUGAAAGUGAUAUUUCUGUCACCUUUCCCUUCUUGGGUCAUUCUUGUGUUUUACUGUAGUAGAUACCUCAUAUUUAAAGAUAUAUUUUUUGUUUGAGUACAAAUUAAGUUUACAUUUCUUUUAUUUUCUUGUUAUUUUUUCUCUUCUUCCUAGAGGACCAUUAGAGAAAAUGGAAGGGCAUUCUACUUUUAUGCAUUGGUUAUUUUUUGAUUACAGGAAGGAAUUAAAAGAAGGGAGUUAUAUUAUCAUUGUGUUUUAAUUAUUUGUACCAAACCAAAGGAGUAAUUGCAGUCUUCUUUUUCCUAUUGCAUUCAGUCUGAAAUGCCCUCCUCUCACUUCACUUUGCUGUUUGCAGCUUAAUCCUUGCAGUCUCAUUUAGAUAAUGAGAUCACUUAAAAAUAUAUUCACUCUAUAAUUUUACAUUCAUGUUGAUGAAUAACUACUCCAUGUUAAAAAAAUAAUUUAACGAUUGAUCUGUUAAAUAUCUAUCACAGUAUCAUUAAUCAUCUUCCAAGAAUAGUCAUCAGAAAGAGCCUUUUGCUUUAUAAAACCCCCUUUUUUUUCCCAGCAAAUUGAAAGUAGCCAUGCAGUAUUUAAUUAUUCUUGUUCUAUAGUGUUUUCUUAUAAAAAUAAUGAAAGUUAUUAUCAGCCAGAAGUUAGAACUAUUUUUCUUUGCUAGGUUGAGUAUUCAUAUUGUACAAGAUUCAGUCACAAUUUUUAAGAAGCCUUUUUUAGAUUAUUGGACUGGAUAUACUUACUAUCACAAAUAUUGGGAAUAUUUUCUUUAUUUGUCUAAUUAAAUGUGAUGAAGAAGGAAAUAUGCUAUUUCUAUUCAAUUUCAUGGAAUCAUAAAAUAUGUCAGAAAGUACUUGUGAAGGUUUAGUUCUAUGCCCUGCUCCAAGCAGAUCUAAUUAGAUCAGGACACUAACGGACUUUUCAGGUCCACUCUCAUGCUAAUAAAUAAAAAUUCAACUAUCUAAGUGGAAUUUCCCAAAUUCCAAUUUGUUUCCAUUGUUCCACUGCAGCGCACCUCCAAGUAGGGUCUGCCUCUGCCUUCUGUGUCAGGCUGUUGUAAAAAACAGUAAGAUCUCCCUUUCUUCUUGUCUUGUCCAGGCUAAAAAAAAAAAAAAAA